ACGUCGAGAUAUUAAUUUUUAAAAUACUGGGAUACUGUAUUACUUUUCAAAAGUUUAAUUUAUUAUUUUAAAUCAAAUAAUUGGAUAAUGGGCUUCAAGAAAUUAAUUAACAUGCAAUCAAGACUUCGCAAUUUUUGAUAGAAAUUCUGGAAAAAUGAUAGAGCACAAUUGUUUUUCUCGAUUUAAUAUAAUAAACCCAAGCUGGAACCCAAGUUAACAAUUUAAUAUAAAAAUUUCCCUAGAUAUUUGAGGCACGAAUUGAAUGCAGUCACAAUGCAGUGUAUUUUACGAAACAAAAGAAAAUUUUAUUUUGCUUAACGGGCAACGAUUAAAAAAUAGAAAACGUUUAAACGUUUAAAUGACAGAAAGUCCUAUUUUUUGAGACUGGUUUCUAAAUUUAAUUAGUGGAUAAUAAUUUAAAAAAAAAAAAAAAAAAAAAUGGACCCGACACUUCAAAAACACGGAGCUAAACACAUAUACAAAGUACCGGAAGGACUACGAGAAUUGUGUAGCGACAUUUCACGGGAAGUCCUUCGCUCGCAACCGACCAACAUUCUCGCCUUUAUCGCCGAAUACGUGGACACACUUCUGAUCACGCGCGAGAAUACAAAAAGUACGUUCUUCGUUUUGAGAAAUAUUUCAGAAAUUUCCUCUUCUGCUUCGCCCUGUUUUUUAAAAAAAAAAAAAAAAUAUUCAAGAGAGCGAGUUAUUAAAUUCGCUCCAUCCUCUCAGUUGCAGUCAAAGUCGUAAACAAUAUUCUACUCGGAAGCGAGGCAAUUCUGAACAUACUUUACCGGGCUGGUUUCAGUUUGGAGCAAGUGGCGGUCGCCGCUCCACGGAUUCAAGUAAAUUUUAUUUUUCUCGCGUGCGCGUUUGUCGUCGUCAUGUCGCUUAUAUAGAUAUAUAUUUAAAUUUUUUCCACCUAUCCUAAUUCUCUUCACAUUUUUCAGAAAGUAUUCCGCUCGUAUCUGGACGCGAUGGAUUUGCGGCCAUUGAUAUGCGAGGGUAAGGGAGAUCGUAAAUGAAUCGUAAAAAUAAGAAAAAGGAACUGGCAAGCGUUAUUAUUUUUAAACGGGCUGCUUUUACGACCGACCUCGUGCCGGGGAAAAAUUAUAAAAUAGAAGCGAGGAUAUACGAGGCGAUACGAGUUGUUAUCGAUGGAAAUUAUUCUUCAACGUGGUUUUAGUCGAGAUGAUUAAUGAGAAUAGGCGCGUGUGCGCAAGUUGAA